AUGGCCUUGGUUUUGGCUAUGGCUUUGGCCAUGGUUUUGGCUGUGGCUCAGGAGGUCGAGGGGCAGCUUAUGGUAGGUUUCUAUGGUGAAACAUGCCCCCAAGCCGAGCCCAUUAUCCGCAACGUCGUUAGAGAAGCUAUUCUCUCCGAUACCAACAUGGCACCAGUCUUGCUCAGGCUCCAUUUUCACGACUGCUUCGUUGAGGGUUGUGAUGGGUCAAUUCUGAUUGAGAACGGCCCAAGCGGUGAGAGGCAUGCAUUUGGUCACCAAGGCGUUGGGGGAUUUGAAGUGAUAGAGAAAGCCAAGGCAGAGUUGGAGGCUGCAUGCCAAGGCGUGGUUUCUUGUGCAGAUAUUGUGGCCUUGGCAGCUAGAGAUGCUAUAGCCAUGGCCGGUGGACCGGCGUACGAGGUGCCUACCGGCCGAAGAGAUGGGGUGGUUUCAAAUAUGUCUUUGGCAGAUGACAUGCCAGAUGUUAGUAAUUCAAUCCAACAGCUCAAGGUUAAGUUCAUGCGCAAGGGCCUUACAGAAAAGGACCUUGUCCUCCUCUCUGCUGCUCAUACAAUAGGGACAACGGCAUGCUUCUUUUUGACCAAAAGGCUCUACAACUUCUUUCCGGGAGGGGGAUCGGAUCCAGCAAUCAACCCCACUCUCCUCCUCGAACUAAAACAAAAGUGCCCUCAAAACGGCGACGUAAAUGUGCGGUUACCCACUGACCAAGGAAGCGGGCAGGCAUUUGACCUUCAUAUUCUGCAAAAUAUCAGAAAUGGGUUCGCCGUGUUAGAAUCCGAUGCCAAGCUCAACGAGGACGCAGUGACCAGGGGUAUAAUGGACAAUUACUUUGGUUUCUUCAGUAAUCUCCCAUUUGGACCUUCUUUUGAGGCAGAUUUUGUUGAAGCAAUUCUAAAGAUGGGCCAGAUUGGUGUAAAGACAGGUUUCCAGGGUGCGCCCAGGAGAGUUUGUGCUAGCUUUUAG